GUGUGCCGGCGCACGCGCGCUCGGAAAGGAGAGGUCUGGAGUGGGACCGGCGGGCUCUGUUUGAGGAGCGACCUGGGGCAAGCAGCUGAGGCCGGCCGGAAGAAGAGGGCACCAUGGUGGGUCUCCUCCUGCUGCUGCCCCUGCUGCUGCUGCUGCCGCUGCUGCUAAAACUGGACCUCUGGCCUCAGCUGCGCUGGCUGCCGGCGGACCUGGCCUUCGCAGUGCGCGCCCUACGCUGCAAAAGGGCUCUGCGAGCGCGCGCGCGGGCCGCCGCCUCCGCCGACCCUCAGAGCCCCGACAGCGGCUGCAGCCUGGCCUGGCGCCUAGCGCAGCUGGCUCGGCAGCGAUCGGCGCACACCUUUCUCAUUCACGGUGCGCGGCGCUUUAGCUACGCCGAGGCGGAGCGCGCCAGUAACCGGGCUGCCCGCGCCUUCCUGCGCGCCCGGGACUGGACCGGGGGCGGCGAAGAGGGGGCGCCGGGACCCAGAGACGCCGCGGCCGGAAGCGGCCAGAUGCUGGCCGAGCGUCGAGAGGAUGCGGCGGCCAGCGGUGGACCCGCCGCGCCCACACUGGCACCCGGGGCGACGGUAGCGCUGCUCCUCCCCGCCAGCCCGGAAUUCCUGUGGCUUUGGUUCGGACUGGCCAAGGCCGGUCUGUGCACCGCCUUUGUGCCCACCGCGCUCCGCCGGGAGCCCCUGCUGCACUGCCUCCGCAGCUGCGGCGCGCGCGCUCUCGUGCUGGCGCCAGAGCUCCUGGAGUCCCUGGAGCCCGACCUGCCGGCCCUGAGAGCCAUGGGGCUCCACCUGUGGACGGCAGGCCCUGUAACCCACCUUGCUGGAACCAGCGAUUUGCUAGCCGAGGUAGCAGCCCAAGUGGAUGAGCCAGUGCCGGGAUACCUGUCUGCCCCCCAGAACAUAAUGGACACCUGCCUGUACAUCUUCACCUCUGGCACUACGGGCCUCCCCAAGGCUGCUCGGAUCAGUCAUCUGAAGGUCUUGCAGUGCCAGGGGUUCUACCAGCUGUGUGGGGUCCACCAGGAGGAUGUGAUCUACCUAACACUGCCGCUGUACCACAUGUCUGGCUCCCUACUAGGCAUCGUGGGCUGCUUGGGCAUUGGAGCCACAGUCGUACUAAAGUCCAAGUUCUCAGCCAGCCAGUUCUGGGAGGACUGCCAGAAGCACAGGGUGACAGUGUUCCAGUACAUUGGGGAGUUGUGCCGAUACCUUGUCAACCAGCCCCCGAACAAGGCAGAACAUGACCAUAAGGUCCGGCUGGCUGUGGGCAGUGGGCUGCGCUCAGACACCUGGGAGCGUUUUGUGCGGCGCUUUGGGCCUCUGCAGGUUCUAGAGACGUACGGAUUGACAGAAGGCAACGUGGCCACUUUCAACUACACGGGACAGCAGGGCGCUGUGGGGCGAGCUUCCUGGCUUUAUAAGCACAUCUUCCCUUUCUCCUUGAUUCGCUAUGAUGUCAUGACAGGAGAGCCCAUUCGCAAUGCCCAAGGGUGUUGUGUAGCCACGUCUCCAGGUGAGCCAGGGCUGCUGGUGGCCCCGGUGAGCCAGCAGUCCCCAUUCCUGGGCUAUGCUGGGGCCCCAGAGCUAGCCCAGGGGAAGCUGCUGAAGGAUGUCUUCUGGCCUGGAGACAUUUUCUUCAACACUGGGGACCUCUUGGUUUGUGAUGAGCAGGGCUUUCUUCGCUUCCACGAUCGUACUGGUGACACCUUCAGGUGGAAGGGGGAGAACGUGGCCACAACGGAGGUGGCAGAGGUCUUUGAGGCCCUGGACUUCCUUCAGGAGGUGAACAUCUAUGGAGUCACUGUGCCAGGGCAAGAAGGCAGGGCUGGAAUGGCGGCCCUAGUUCUGCGGCCCCUACAGGCUUUGGAUCUAGCUCAGCUCUAUGUUCAUGUUUCGGAGAACUUGCCGCCUUAUGCCCAGCCUCGAUUCCUCCGACUCAAGGAAUCUUUGGCCACUACAGAGACCUUCAAACAGCAGAAGGUUCGGAUGGCAAAUGAGGGCUUUGACCCCAGUGUGCUCUCCGACCCCCUCUAUGUUCUGGACCAGGAUGUGGGUGCCUACCUGCCCCUCACACCUGCUCGGUACAGUGCCCUCCUGACUGGGGAUCUUCGAAUCUGAGGUCUUCUACCUGAAGGAGGGACUUUUAGGGUACAGGCCACUGUGGCUGUACCGGGGGCUUUCAGAUAUCUUUUAUAUAUCAAGUUGUUACCAUUAUUUUGUAGUAAACAGCUGAGGCUGAUCUAGCUCA